AUCAGCCCCAGGUGGUGGCUAAUUGCCGGAGUGAGCCUCUGGUUGUUGAGAGCACCCGCUGGUCAGUCCUGGUACUGCAACCCACAAGGCAGGUGAGUCCCACCACUAUUGGCGAGUCCAUUCCUGACAGAACCCCCCUCAAGGAGCGGCCUCAGGACGCUCCAAACCGUCCUAAAUGGGCAAAAUGUUCCACUGCCCGGAUCCGGUAAUUGGUGGGAUAUCAAGGACUGGCACAUCAGGCUGGGCACUGGGCAGAGGCACAUCAGGCUGGACACCGGACAGAGGCACAUCAGGCUGGACACCGGACAGAGGCACAUCAGGCUGGGCACCGGACAGAGGCACAUCAGGCUGGGCACCGGACAGAGGCACAUCAGGCUGGGCACCGGGCCACCAGGCAGAGCAGCAGGCACCGGGCCACCAGGCGGGGCAGCGGGCACCGGGCCACCAGGCGGAGCAGCGGGCACCAGGCCACCAGGCGGAGCCGCAGGCACCGAGU